AUGCAGCCCCGGACACAGCCCCUAGCCCAGGCCCUGCCCUUCUCCCUCGGAGGGGUCCUGCGAGACACUGGACUUCGGGUUCCCAUCAUGAAGAUGGGCACAGGGUGGGAGGGCCUGCAGCGGACCCUGAAGGAAAUGGUCUACAUCCUCCUCUGCUGCUGGUGUAUCAAGGAGCUGCUGGAUUAA